UGCACUAUCAGUGCACAGAACACAGAGCAAGCAAAGCAAAGCAGAAAAAAAUCGAUGAAGCUUUAUUUCUUAUUUCCUUGAUUCCCAAGCUCAGUGAUUCGCACACUCAUGCACAGGAAUGGUAGAUUUGAAAGUUGGAAGAGCCACAUUUGUCUGCAUUUUGUGGUUCUUUCUCCGUGGCAGAUCACGAAGUUAAGCUUUCUAAAGAAGUGGGAUUGAAGUUUGAGCUACUAAAAGUUCUUGUCUUCCAGCUAUGGGAAAAUCACCUGGAAAAUGGAUCAAGACUAUACUUUUUGGCAAGAGAUCUUCUAAAUCUCAUACUUCAAAAGGAAGGGAGAAAGUUGCGAAUGAAAAAGAGGUUUUGGUUUCUGUCAAGGCAACAGACACUGAUGAUAAUUUGAAUCUUCCUUUGGCUUCUCAUCCAACCACAUAUACCACUCAUCAAAAUGAAAGGAAUUUAGUUUUGGAAAACAAGGAAGCUGCAGAUAUGCCACAUGAUGGGGCAAUAUCGUUGCCUGGGAGUCAAGCUGCAGAUUCACAAGAUUUCACACCACAAGAUGAACCAUAUGAUCCUGAGAAAAUCAGGCUAGAGCAAGCUGCAACAAAGACGCAGGCUGCUUUCAGGGGUUAUUUGGCCCGCCGAGCAUUUCGGGCUCUCAAAGGCAUAAUAAGGUUGCAGGCUCUCAUUCGGGGACACCUGGUUAGGAGACAAGCAGUUGCUACUUUGUGCUCUAUGCUAGGGAUUGUGAAGUUACAGGCACUUGCUCGUGGCAGAAAGGUUAGGCAUUCCGAUAGUGGACUUGAAGUGAACAGAAAGUGCAAUCUAGUGAAGCUUUUGGAAGGCAAGCCUGUGAAGUCUGUUGGAGUUAAUUUGUCUAUACGAAUGAGAAAGCUUUCAACAAAUGCUUUUGUCUCUAAGCUGCUCGCUCCAUCACCUACCGUGAUGCCUUUGCGCCUCCAAUAUGAGCCUGAGGAGCCAAAUUCAGUCUCAAACUGGUUAAAACGCUGGUCAGCAUCUCAGUUCUGGAAACCAGCUCCCCAACCAAAGAAAGCAUCAGGGUCAAAAACUCAGAAGAAGCAGGUUAAUUCUCAAACCAUUGAUGCUGAAACAGGCCGACCAAAACGAAGUGUCCGAAGGGUUCCUGCUACAAACGCUGAGAAUAUCUCAUUGCAGUCAACCCCUGAAUUUGAGAAAUCCAAACGUAGUCUGAAGAAAGUUACAAGUCAUCAAGCAGAUCCAGUGCAUGAAAAUCCACAAAAUGAACUUGAAAAGGUUAAGCGUAGCUUGAGAAAGGUUCAUAGCCCUGUUGUGGAGACUUCUGUUUCUGUGCAGUCAGAGUUUGAAUUUGAGAAGCCAAAGGUAAGUAUGGAAAAGGUAUCAGGUACUUUAAGUCAUGAAAUUUUAGAACAGAGCAUGGGUUCUUCAGGUGAGAAGAUGAAGAAAGAGACGCCUUUGACACCAUCCAAACUACCUGAUGUAGAAUCUACUCCAGAACCAGUUGAAAUGAAGGAGACAUCUGAUUUACCUUCUGGUGAUCAAAUUGUGGUUGAGUCAAAGCCUUUGAUAGACAAUGGUGGAAAAGAUGAGAUUAUUCCUGUACCAAAUGGUGAGCUUAAUUUAAAGGAUGAUUUGGUAAACAAUGAGAAUCACAAACCAAGCAGGAAAGCUUCUACUCCGGCAAAGCAAGAACGUGCCGAGAAUGGGUUGCAAAACAGUCCAACACUGCCAAGCUAUAUGGCGGCAACUGAAUCUGCAAAGGCAAAGCUGAGACUACAAGGCUCCCCUAGGUCUGGCCAAGAUGGAGCUGACAGAAUUAGUGCCACUCGACGGCAAUCACUGCCAUCUUCAACUAAUAGCAAAAUCAGCUCACAGUCACCAAGGACGCAGAGACCUGUUAAUGCUGGCAGCAAAGGUGGUCAUAAAGGCGACAAAAAUCACUCAUCAUCGAAAGAUGGAAAUGCAAAAGUAAGCCAGGAGUGGAAAAGGUGAGUUUCUGGAAAAAUCUGAUUUCCAGGAUUUAGUGUAAGGGGCUACAAUUGACCUGCAGUUUUUCAUUAAUUAUCUGUCGUGUACGAUUAUACUGUAAAAGUGAGAUUGAGUCUAUAACUGGAGGUGUGUGUGGUGGCCGAGAGAGACUUAAAAAAAAUUGUGAUUUGGGGUGUUUUUGAUUUUUGUACAUCAUAGGUUUUGAAGUUA